GUAAUUAAUUAUGCAUCUCGGGGGAAAAGAUGGUCAUAUAAUGUAGUUUCGGUGACAGAGGGCUGUAAUUCAAACCCCUCUGUGCAUUAUUGCUCUGUGGAAUACAGCGCUUGGAUAUUAAUUCUGCACAGGUUCAAUCCCAGAGAAUAUCCUGGAUAUAUUAAAGUUCGAUUCGAUCCCCGUGCACUAUACAUGUACAAUACUCUUUCGGACAUAACCUGGAUACUGUACAGAUUCAGACUACGAGAACAAUAUACAAUGUAUAACUCUCCAGGACAUGUUUUAGUAACGAUUCAAUACUCGAUCGUGCAUACUAGUGCUCUCUAGGAAAUAUCCCGGAUACUGUGCUCCGUCGCAAACCUUUGUGCCAGUCUUUCUUAUUCGUUAAAGGUCUCGAUCGAAAGAAAAUAAAAGCCCUGUAGAGAUUUAAAAGAACAAAGACAUAUUUAAAAACAAUAAGAGUUUAUUGAUUUAUAUCGCUCUCACCCCUUUCUCUCUUUCUCCUCCCUGCCAAGAUGUCGUCUGACUGAGAGUUUGAUAAAUUCUACCCAGUGCGUCUUGUUUUGUGAUUCUCAAACAACUUGCAGAAAAGACUUCUGCAUUGAGUAUAACUGGAUAUAUUUAUAUAUUACUGGAUAUUAAUUUCAUACUAAAAAAGUAGGCCACCCCCGGGACGUCCGUCCUCUCUCCAGAGAUAGGACCCGCCACGAUGAAGAAUAGUUCCAAACCUGCCUUUAUUGCCACCGGAAGGAGCGAGGUCCAGAUCGGAAGUAAAGCCACCACACUCUACCUGAGCUCCUCCUCACUCAAACUUCACGACAAACGAUGUCACAGUCGGGAAUCGACCAAUGCCGGGCCUCCACUCGGAACCGGAAGUCUGCCCCAAUCUCCAGUUCAGUCGGAAACAGACAGAGAAACUGUGGCAAAACCCGGAACCGCACCGGGUCGAAGCACGGCAUAUUCCCAGAGGUCCGAGCGAGAGGACAAUCCCUCAAGGGGAUCUGUCUCUCGGCUCCAGCCAAUCAGGGAAUUCACUUUUACCGGAUAUGACAUCAUGGCUGAUGUUACCCCCGAGCCCCCGGAGCCAGAGGAAGAGAUCAAGCCUAGAAAGAGGCUACAGGCGUACCUAGACUCGUGCUCUCACCUGGGAAUCACCCCUGUCACCUACCUCAGCAGACAGAUGUCCAACAAAGGGAUCGUCAUGCGGAACCACAGCAUUGGACCCAUCGGGGCACGGGCCCUCGCUAUUGCUUUAUUGAAUAACGACACAGUGACAAAUUUGGAUUUGGAAGAUGAUGGAAUCGAGGCAGAAGGAGCGAAAGCCAUCGCUGAAAUGCUGGAAAUUAACACUAACAUUGUUGAUGUGAAUCUUUCCGAAAACUGUAUAGGAAGCCAGGGCUUACGUGCAAUAUCUGACCUAAUGGUCAACAACCAAGUCAUCCAGUCGCUGGACAUCUCUGGCAGCAGUCUAGUCGAUAGCGACGCCCAUCUUCUUGCCAAGAUCUUGCAGAAUAACACUACAUUAAGGGAACUGAUACUAAGCCACAAUGGCAUCUGUGAACAAGGCGGCUACAUCCUCGCAACAGCAAUAGCCAAUAACGAUACACUAAGAAUUCUUGAUCUGAGUUGGAAUCAUCUGCGAGGAAAAGGUUCCUUGUCAAUCGCAGCGAGUCUGCAGAAAAAUAUAGGGCUAAGGAAGCUAGACAUAGCCUGGAACGGGUUCUCCAAAAACGACGCCAUAGUGUUGAGCAAAUCUCUGAAGGAGAACACGACUCUGAAGGAACUGGACAUCUCCCACAACCGUCUGGAGAAGGAGGCCCUGGGGUUUCUAAUGCAGGGGGUCAAAGAUAGCGACGGCCUGGAAAUUCUCAGGUUGGGAGGAAACUGCAUCACGCCCGAGCUUGCUAUGGUAAUCCUGACCUGUAUUGGCCAGUCCGAGACCUGCAGAGUCAAUCUACUGGACUUUGAGAACAAUGAAGUAGACGAAGAAUUCCUGACACUGUUAGACGACAUUCAGUCCACAAAGUCACUGGAAGUAGUGUAUGGUCACGUGAUAAAGCGGGAGAAUGGGCGUGGUCGUAAGGGUGAUGGGAUAGACGGUAAUCUGGACGCGGUCUAUGAGCUGUACAAGUACAUGAGUGAGCACAACUACCGGGUGAUCGACCUGAUGAAGUGGCUGGACAAGGACGGCAGCAUGAGCGUCAGUAGAGACGAGUUUAAACGGGGCAUGAUGACCGCGGAGGUUCCCCUGACGGAGCACCAGUUGGACGUCAUGCUGGACAAACUAGACAUGGAUGGAGACGGCGAGGUCGACUUCUCAGAGCUGUUAAUUGGCGAGAGGGCGUUCAGGCGACAGUUGAGAAGAAAACAAGAGCGGGAAAAGGCGGCAAGGAAAGAGAAGAAAAACCUCCAAGGGAUAGACAAGAUCAUCCUGUCCUCACUGAGCGACAAAACCUAGAGUCCCAGGAGCCCGCGUGUUCCUCAUCUACCCCAUCCAUUACAGUGCACACCGACUGUCUGUCAAAUCUUUCAGAUUGUUGUAUAAGAUAAGUUUUAUCGUCAUUGCCACGUGGUAAACAACCUCAUCAUGGAUAUCAUGGCCAGAGAAUGCGUCCUUAUCGUAACAGGACUAAGAUGCAAUAGUAAACUCAUGCACUGUGCAUCAUGAACCUGUGAUGAAUUAAAACUAAAAACCCGAGAUGGCACUGAACAAGCAUCGUGCAUCAGGUCACUAUCAUGAACCUAUGAUGUAUAUAACAAACAAUUAUCGUGCAUCGGAUCACUAUCAUGAACCUGUGAUGUUUUGAACAAGUAUCGUGAAUCGGAUCACAAUCAUGAACUUGUGAUCAAUUGAACAAGUAUCGUGCGUUCGAUUACUAUCACGAACCUGUGUUGAAUAGAACAAAUAUCGUGCAUCGGAUCACUAUCAUGAACCUACGAUGUGUUGAACAAAUAUGAUGCAUUGGGUCACUUAUGAACUUAUCAUGCAUGAACAAAUAUCAUGGAUCAUGUAACUAUCAUGAACUAGAGAUGCAUUGAACCAGAUAUGACACUGAAAAGUUUCAUUCAUCGAGUCACUAAUCACCAGACAUUUAAAUGUUGGUAACUGUGAUGCUUACGAGAGGAAUGUAAAUAUUAUCGAAAAUCAUUAUGUAUUCAACUAAGUCCUCUAAUGUGUUUGCAUCCUAUUAUUUGGAAGAAAUUAAUAAAAGUACAAAAACUAAA